AUGGCCUUCGCAAACCUGCAGAAAGUGCUCAUCAGUGACAGCCUGGACCCUUGCUGCCGGAAGAUCCUGCAAGAUGGAGGGCUGCAGGUGGUGGAGAAGCAGAACCUGAGCCAAGAGGAGCUGAUCGCCGAGCUGCAGGACUGCGAAGGCCUGAUCGUGCGCUCGGCCACCAAGGUGACCGCCGAUGUCAUCAACGCCGCGGAGAAGCUCCAGGUGGUGGGCAGGGCCGGCACCGGCGUGGACAACGUGGACCUGGAGGCCGCCACGAGGAAGGGCAUCCUGGUCAUGAACACCCCCAACGGGAACAGCCUCAGUGCUGCGGAGCUCACCUGCGGGAUGAUCAUGUGUCUGGCCAGGCAGAUUCCCCAGGCGACGGCGUCGAUGAAGGACGGCAAAUGGGACCGGAAGAAGUUCAUGGGGACCGAGUUGAAUGGAAAGACGCUGGGGAUUCUUGGCCUGGGGAGGAUCGGGAGAGAGGUGGCCGUGCGGAUGCAGUCCUUCGGGAUGAAGACUGUAGGGUACGACCCCAUCAUCUCCCCAGAGGUCUCGGCCUCCUUCGGCGUUCAGCAGCUGCCCCUGGAGGAGAUCUGGCCCCUCUGUGACUUCAUCACGGUGCACACGCCUCUCCUGCCCUCCACGACAGGCCUGCUGAACGACGGCACCUUCGCGCUGUGCAAGAAGGGCGUGCGCGUGGUGAACUGCGCCCGCGGGGGCAUUGUGGACGAGGGCGCCCUGCUGCGCGCCCUGCAGUCCGGGCAGUGCGCGGGCGCCGCGCUGGACGUGUUCACCGAGGAGCCGCCCCGGGACCGCGCCCUGGUGGACCACGAGAACGUCAUCAGCUGCCCCCACCUGGGCGCCAGCACCAGGGAGGCGCAGAGCCGCUGCGGGGAGGAGAUCGCCGUGCAGUUCGUGGACAUGGUGAAGGGCAGAGCCCUCGCGGGAGUCGUGAAUGCCCAGGCCCUCACCAGCGCCUUCUCUCCGCACACCAAGCCGUGGAUCGGCCUGGCAGAAGCUCUGGGGACUCUGAUGCGAGCCUGGGCCGGGUCCCCCAAAGGGACCAUCCAGGUGGUAACGCAGGGCGUAUCCCUGAAGAAUGCCGGGAACUGCCUGAGCCCCGCAGUCAUCGUCGGCCUUCUCAAGGACGCUUCCAAUCACGCGGACGUGAACUUGGUGAACGCCAAGCUGCUGGUGAAGGAGGCCGGCCUCAACGUCACCACCUCCCAUAACCCCGCCGUGCCAGGGGAGCAGGGAUGCGGGGAAGGCCUCCUGAGCGUAGCCCUGGCCGGUGCCCCCUACCAGGCCGUGGGUUUCGUCCAGGGCACCACGCCUGUGCUGCAGGCGCUCAACGGAGCCGCCUUCCGACCCGAAGUGCCUCUCCGCAGGGGGCUGCCCCUGCUGCUGUUCCGAGCCCAGCCCUCCAACCCCGCCAUGCUGCCCACCAUGAUCGGGCUCCUGGCAGAGGCCGGCGUGCAGCUGCUGUCCUACCAGACCUCGGUGGUGUCCGACGGGGAGACCUGGCACGUCAUGGGCAUCUCCUCGCUGCUGCCCAGCCUGGACGCCUGGAAGCCGCACGUGACCGAGGCCUUCCAGUUCCAUUUCUGA